UCCUAUACUAUAUAUAUACCACGAUAUACAUCAGUACAUACAUCACACGAACAACACGUACGCAGGUCAACUGCACCUGGUCAUCAUCACAAAACCAAAAGAAAGCUCGCCACCGAAAUGCCGCGUCCACGCCGCGUCCCCGUCGGGGUCGCCACCCUCCUCGUCGCCGCCGUCGCCGUCCUCCUCUUUACCGACGGAGCCGACGCCCGGGGCUACCGGAAGAGCAGCCAGGCCGAGGCGUCCCGCUACCUGGCCCCACACAACGCGGCCCGCAGCGCCGUCGGCGUGCCGCCGCUGGCGUGGAGCGCGGCGCUGGAGCUAAACGCGCGCGCGUACGCGCUGCUGCGUGCGCGCACCGGCUGCGCCCUCGUCCACUCGCACGGCACGUUCGGGGAGAACCUCUUCUACGGCAGCGGGAGCGGCCGAUGGGCGCCGGAGACGGUGGUGGCGGCGUGGGUGGCGAAGGAGCGGGCCAUGUACACCUACGGCUCCAACACCUGCAGCGGCGCCCGGGGCGCGUGCGGGCACUACACGCAGGUCGUGUGGCGCGGCACCACCAAGGUCGGGUGCGCCAUGGCGCCGUGCGCCGGCGGGAAAGGCACGAUCGCGGUGUGCAAGUACAACCCGCCAGGCAACUACGUCGGCAUGAAGCCCUACUAGUCGAUAUACGCACGGGAAACGCGACACCAGUGUAAGCCUGAUUGUAUAUGUUUGGACGCGAGGGGAGGAUGUUCCGCUGUUGUCCUGUCGACGAUUCGAUCGGUCGGAUACAGGCUUUGCAUGAUAUAGUUUGCUGUCUACGUGGAUCGUGCGAUCCCCUGAUAACACUGAUUGAUUCAUUA